UGGAAUUCCACUUAUUUAAUGCUUGAAAGUGCGUUAAUAUACCGUCGUGUGUUUGUUCAUUUGGCACUGAUAGAUCCCAAUUAUAAAAGUUGUCCUUCAAAUGAAGAAUGGGAUAGGGGCGAGAGGAUUUGCAAGUUCUUGCAACCAUUUUAUGAGAUCACUACUCUUUUUUCGGGUUCCCAGUACCCCACAGCAAACUUGUAUCUCAGAAAUGUGUGGAGAAUUCAAGUGCGUUUAUACGAAGAGAUGGAAAAUGAGGAUGAAGUUCUUAGUACCAUGGCAAGUCAAAUGAAAGGAAAAUUUGACAAAUAUUGGGAUUCUUAUACAGUUGUGUUAGCAAUUGCAGCAAUUCUGGACCCACGUUUCAAGUUUGAGUUUGUUGAGUUUUGUUACAAAAAAGUUGAUGGCCCAGUAGUUGCAACAAGAAAGUUGGAGUUGGUGCAACAGGAGUUGUAUAGGCUUUUUGCUGCUUAUGAGAGUCUAAGUGGCCAUGAGGUUCCCACUGGAGAUGAUUGCGGACAAGCUAGUAAUCCUCAUAUCAUUGGAGAUGAUAUCUGUGAAUUUGACUACUACAAGAGUGACUUUAGUGCUACUAAGAAGUCCGAAUUGGAUACUUAUUUGGGAGAGGCAAGAUUUGAUCGCAUCAAAUUUUGCAAUUUGGAUGUCCUGGACCAUUGGAAGAAAAAUAGUGAUCGAUAUCCGAUACUUUCGAUGAUGGCCCGUGAUGUGAUGAGUAUACCAAUAACGACUGUUGCUUCGGAAUCCAGUUUCAGUAUUGGUAGCAAAGUGCUCAGUAAAUAUCGAAGUUCACUUUUACCGGAGAAUGCAGAGUCUUUGAUAUGCACCAGGACAUGGAUUUCUGGAUAUGAAGUUAAAGAAGAUGAAAUUGAUGAUGUUCAGCUGGUUGUGCCAUUAAGUCAAGGGCGGGGGAAGGAGAUUGCAUAAUCAAGGGAGGCUUUGUUUGUUUAGUGUGUUUGGUACUUUGGUUAAACAAUUA